UCCUCUCUCUCCAGAAAGUGAGCUACGGAGAUUUGUUCUACGAACUAUGAAUCUUUCUUAUGAGAAUAUUCUCUAACAGCUUCAACUUUGGCCGAAACACAGAGACUCUUCCAGCCAAGCGUGUGUUGUGUUUAUUUUUUUCGUCUUUUGUGGCUGCGUCUGCAUCUUUUAUUAUUAUUUUUUUUUUGGAAAAGUCGGGGCCGGGACGACAACACAGAUUCCAGUGUGGAGUAGAUAUGCGCUUUGUUACAUUCACAAGUAUGCCAGCAAGAAACAACAGGAAAGCGCUGUCUUUCACUGCAGAUUUCGACAGCUAACACACUUUGGAAGAAAAAUAAAGUACUCGACUGUUAAGAUUUUAGAAUGACUCGGGAUCACUUUUACUGAGUGUCGUCGAGAUUUCCUACUGCUGUGUGGAAGGGAGAAAAGGAAAAAAAAAAGUUUGGGAUUGGCUCAAACUUCUUCUUUUUUUUGUGAGUUUCUGAACGCAAUAUUUUCGGACACAUAAAGUUCGCAGACUGUUCUGGGACAAUGGAUCCGAGCCAGCAUAACCCUCCUGCCGGACACCAAAUCGUCCACGUACGGGGCGACUCUGAGACCGACCUGGAGGCUCUGUUUAACGCCGUGAUGAACCCGAAAAACACUAUCGUGCCCCCUUCAGUACCCAUGAGGAUGAGGAAACUGCCAGACUCCUUCUUCAAACCCCCUGAACCAAAGUCCCAUUCUAGACAAGCCAGCACUGAUGCUGGGAGCGGCGGAGUACUCACCCCCCACCAUGUCCGCGCACACUCGUCCCCGGCCUCCCUGCAGCUGGGAGCUGUUACGGGUCUGUCUGGCAUGCCCCCCCCAGGUGCUGCCCCUCAACAUCUGCGUCAGUCUUCCUAUGAGAUUCCCGAUGAUGUGCCCCUGCCCCCGGGCUGGGAGAUGGCCAAAACCGCCUCGGGCCAGAGAUACUUCCUCAACCACAUUGAUCAGACCACCACUUGGCAGGAUCCUCGCAAGGCCCUGCUCCAGAUGAACCAGGCCCCCCCGCCCAGUUCUGUGCCAGUCCAGCAACAGAACAUUAUGAACCCAGCCAGUGGUCCUCUCCCUGAGGGCUGGGAACAAGCUAUUACAUCCGAGGGAGAAAUUUACUACAUCAACCACAAGAACAAGACCACAUCCUGGCUCGACCCACGACUUGACCCACGCUUUGCCCUGAACCAGCAGAGGAUCUCCCAGAGUGCUCCAGUGAAGCAGGGAGGGCAGCUCCCUCCCGGAAUCAUGGGAGGCAACAACCAGAUGAGACUGCAGCAGAUCGAGAAGGAAAGGCUGCGGCUGAAGCAACAGGAGCUGCUUCGACAGAGACCACAGGAGCUCGCUAUAAGGAAUCAGCUGCCUACCAGCAUGGAUCAAGAUGGCAGCACAAACCCUGUGUCCUCCCCCAUGGCCCAGGAUGCCCGGACCAUGACCACCAACAGCUCUGACCCAUUCCUCAACAGCGGGACCUACCACUCCAGGGAUGAGAGCACAGACAGCGGCUUGAGUAUGAGCAGCUACAGCGUCCCUCGCACUCCAGAUGACUUCCUCAACAGUGUGGAUGAGAUGGACACAGGGGACUCUCUCCCACCCUCCAUGGCAUCACAGCCCAGUCGUUUCCCCGACUACCUGGAUGCCAUCCCGGGAACAGACGUGGACCUGGGCACCCUGGAGAGUGAGAGCAUGGCGGUGGAGGGCGAAGAGCUGAUGCCCAGUCUCCAGGAGGCCCUGAGCUCCGACAUCCUCAACGACAUGGAGACAGUGCUGGCAGCUACCAAGAUUGACAAGGAGAGCUUCCUCACGUGGUUAUAGAAGAUCCGAGCAGGGCGCUCCGUACUCCUCUCAUCACACUCUGAACUGCUGCCUGCUCUACUCUUUGAAGGAGUCACAGAUGCUUUUAAACAAGACAUUUCAGCGAGCCUCUCUGAACUUCUGUUUCUGGCUCGCCGUGUAAGGCCAAGCUCUUCUGAGGCAGUGUUGUUCUUUUCUUUUUCACUGGUGUGUUAUCUCUUUAUUUUGUCUGUGUCUUCAAGGCUGGCCCAUGAACAGACAAUUACACAAGGGUCCCCAAAUCUUUCACAGAUCUGUCCGUGAAUCUAGGGCAUCUUUCCCUAGAGCAGGGGUCGCUCCUUCCCCCCGGUCUCUCCUCAUAGCUGAGCUGAGCUGGUGCAUGCACUCUCCUGCAAGGACCGCCAUCAUCAGACAUCACCCGGAGGCUCUGGUGCCUCUUUUUCUUGCAACAUAGCAUAAAGCAGCACUACUUAGCUGCAUUUGGGACUAUUGCAUCUAGCUUAAGUAGCUUUAUAUUUGGCCUUGUAUGUUUUUAUUCUUCUUUUUUGUGUGCGUUUUCAACGAGCCGGAGCAACCAAAAAUGAUGUAUUUGAAGCAUAAAGAACAAUACUGAUUUGGAGCAAAGGUAACGUGAGGCCCAGUUUGGACACGUUAGCUUUGCUGGGGCCUGGGGACCGACUACAUUGCUGCUUGGCUGUGCCAGCAAGUCUAAGUUAAACCUUUGAUAGAUCAAGUGCCUUCGGUUGUAUUUUUUGAGACGCAACACGAACAAUUACAAAGUUUCUGUAACGCGGCAAUAAGAAUUAGGCUGUGUUCAUUUACAUCAGCCACACUUUCCUCUAUCUAAUGUUCAAUAAUGAAAAUUGUAUUUUUGUUUUAUAAAACACAUAAGGGGAUUUAGGGAUUUCUGUUUUUUUUUUUUUUUUUUAAACCCUUCUAAGUAGCUAAGUCUUAUCCAAGCCUAAUUCAUGAUUCAUGCUUUGUUUUAUCUUUUAAUAGUAUUCUUUUAUUUUUUAGGUUACUGCAUAUCUUAUGAUAGCUUAGAUCAAAUGGCAUUUUGCCUCGUUUUUAAUUUCUUUAAUAGAUGACUUAAUGCAUUUUUAACCGGGUCGACUGUUAUCACAGCACAACGCUUCACAAAUGAUGAAGUCUGCCAAGACAGAAUGAUUCAGUUAGGCGUUUUUUUAACCAUUUAGCUGAUGUUCUUCUCAUCUCUGUGAUUUACUAUAUACAUAUUAGUGUUAUUGUCUAUGUUGAUCACAUGCAGCUUUUACUAUAUUCCCUAAACAUUAACCAAAAAGGCAGAUCUUUUGGCUGAACAGAAACUACAGCUCUUUGAUCAAUUCAAUCUUGUGGCAGCAUACAGUACACAAGAGUUACAAUGUUUGAAACAACGUUUGAAAUGGUCUUCCUAAGGAGGGAGCGGAACCCCUCUGUGCGAUGCUGUGUGUUGAAAUGAGGGGUUUAGAGACUAACAGCUGGGACAAGUUAAAGCAGGUUUUAAAGAGUCAUGUUGAGGGGUAGUGUAGAAGGCCAGGGUUUGACUGACAGCGGUGAGUUACGCGGAUUGUUGAAUUUUUUUUUUUCGUGUGUGAAGUAAUUAAGAAACAAUCAGUUAUUAUCUCAAGUCAGGAAUUGUUGUGGCAGAUUCCAAAGAUGUUUUUGUAAUGACGCUAACACUUAUUAUUUUUCCGCUUCCAUUUUCCCCAAGUCCAUAAAACGGUUUGAUUUGUAAAUCAGCCUCUGUAUGAACACACUGUAUAAGCUAAUGAGGAAAUGAUGUAGGUUUAAAGUGUUAAUGGACAUGUCUGAAUAGGUCUAGCUGAGAGCUUCUUUUUUAUUUUUUAGACGAGACGGUUGUUUAUGAGUGACUAACCCUGAGAUUUUAAGGAUGAGGUUUCAGAACAGAGAAGCACGUGAUUCACAUGUUUACAUUAUCUCGGAGUCUAAAACUGCUUCAGCCGCAGUGGAGACAACACACUGACAAUUCUCUCCAUAAUCCCAUUAUUUUCAUGUUUACACCAUGACUGCAGGAACUGCAUGCCCUUGGUUGAGGCCUUACAUGGUGUCACACUGAUUCUGUUGCCAAACAAUACUUCAUUGGUAGCAUUAAUAACUUGAUGGAACAAUGAUUUUCUUUUUUGUAGAUCAGAGAUCAUGAACAAUUUUUUUUUUUUUUUUUUUAUUCUGUGUGAAAAAACCUGUUUUUAGUUUUGAUUUUAUUGAUCAUUUAAAUCAUGUGUUGAUGGAUUUAUGGUGGAUAAACAGUGUUGGUGAGAACAAUGCAACUAAAAUGAGUGGUACACUACAGUGCUUGUAUUGCACGGCUACAGAGUUUUCAUUUUGAUGCAAUGACGCAUUUUGUCACACAAACCUGAUUUUAUGCUUACUUAGUGUGUAAUUGUCAGAGCGUAUUAGCUGUUGACUGUCAUUGUAACAGUAGAACUAAUCACACAAGUUAAAGGAUUUUUGUAUUUAGAGUUUUCUAAAUGCACAUGAAAUGAAUUUAUAUUCAGUAAUGAUCUGUUCUUUUUUUUUUUUUUUGAUAGAUAUGUGCAUGUGUUUUAGAACAAUAAAUUCUGUUACAUUAUAUCUUGCUUCAUAUGAUACUUUGAAAUUGGCCUGAAAUAAAGUAUAUACUUUGUGGUAAUA